CCGUUGUUUUGGAAGUGGCUUAAUAGUAUGACCGCACCGGACAGCUUUGGGGGAAACUAUCGAAAGGCACAUUUUAACACAUGUAUAUCAGUCUAUCAUUGCGUAAAAGUACCCAAAAAUUUCGAAAUCCCAAAUUAACACAUAGAACGCCGGUUAGAUCCGUGCGCUGCCGGUUCCGUGCCUUCCGUACCUGCACUUGCCCCACGUCCGGAGGAUAUCCUAUUAGCCACCGAGGAAGUGGAUCAGCGCUAUGGCUUCGGAUCAUGAAGAGUCAGACGCCGAGCUGGAGGAGAACUACUACACAUUUCUGAAUUUACCACGGGAUGCCACUGCGGAGCAGAUAAACACGGCUUACCGGAAACAGAGUCGCAUUUACCACCCGGAUAAGCAUCUUGACCCGGACAGCAAAAAGAAGGCGGAGAUCAUGUUCAAUCGAACUAAGCGAGCCUACGAGGUGCUGUCGGAUCCCCACCAGCGGGCCAUUUAUGACUCGGUGGGAGAAAAGGGUCUGCGCACCGAGGGCUGGGAGAUCGUUCACCGGACCAAGACGCCGGCAGAGAUUCGGGAGGAGUACGAGCGCUUGGCGCAGGCUGCUGCCGAGAGACGUCUUCAGCAAAGAACAAAUCCUCGCGGCAACAUCACCAUUAAUGUAAACGCCACUGAAAUAUUUGCUCCGUACGAUGAUACGGAAAUGCCGCGCGUGGAGAUCGGCUCUAUGAGCAUUGCCCAGUCUAUAGAAGCUCCAAUCACGCGUAAGGAUAUGAUCAUCAUGAGUGGCAACCUGUACUCUUCAAAUGGCAACGGUAGUGGCGGUUUCGUAGUAGCUGGACGCCGGCUGCUCAAUAAAGGAUGGCUGGAGCUUUGUGCUGGUGCGGGAAACGGCUUCUUACUUGGUCUCAAGGGUGGACGCACUUUGACGCAGAAGCUUACGCUUAACGGUGGUACAAACCUGAACUUCCGGGAUAACGGGGUGAUACCUGCCUUGUUUUCAACGCUAGCCGUGCAGCUGGACAAGCACACCAUGGGAAGUCUGACGUUAAACGCUGGUCCUCAAUCCUCCAUGUCUACGCAGAUCGAUCACUCCAAGGAGAACUACUCGCUGAGCACAUCCUUUGUGAUUGGCACGCCGCAUGUGUACUUUGGUCUCUCUUACACCCGAAAGCUGAUGGAAAAUGAGCUGAAGCUGAAACUGGCCACCAAAGUGGGAACUUUCGGAUUCUUGGGCGAGUACGGUGUGGAAAAGAAGGUUUCCAAAUACAGUUCGGUGACGGCAACGGUUUCAAUUGGCGUGCCUUCCGGAGUCAUACUGAAAUUUAAAAUAAUUCGUUCAAAUCAAUCGUAUGUAUUUCCCAUCCACUUGAGCGAUGAAAUAGUUCCUGCUGCCGUUUUCUACGCCUCGGUGACUCCGGUUAUCGCGUGGUUCGUCAUUAAGAAGACAGUGAUGGACCCUAUGGAGGCGGAGAAGAAAAGUAUCGAGGUGGAGCGAACGAAACGGCAGAACGAACAAAGGCUGACGGCCAAGCGGCAGGAGGCAAGUGCUGCUGUCCACUUGAUGCAGCGCACCUACAAUCGGAUUAUGACCGAAGAGCUGGAGCGGAUGGGUCUGAUUGUGACGCGGGCUGUAUACGGCUGUACCGUGGAGGGUAGUACUCAGUUCAAACCGGAGCAAUCGCUGGACGUAACAAUACCUAUUCAGUGCCUCGUUAAAGACGGAACCCUGCAGCUUUAUGAGUCAUCAAAGAGCGACCUGCCUGGAUUCUAUGAUCCGAGCAUCGGAGAUGAGAAGAUCCUGCGAAUCGAGUAUACCUAUCAGAAUCAGUUCCAAGUAAUCAACGUCAAGGACAAUGAGGCGCUGCGACUUCCAAUGCCUGGAUAGUGUGACAUCGCUGCGCUGCACUGAACUGCACUGCCCGGCAAUUAGUAUAAAUCUUCAGUUGUGUUUGUAUCUUGUUUUUAUUCUUUAUAGAAAAGACCCAUUCCCAGGACAUGGGGAAAAUAUCGCUUGUUAGUAUAUUUCCCCCCAUUUACAAUGCCACUCUGUAAUUCCCCAUUUUUGGGAUAGCUAUGAGAUCCGAAUCGCGCAAUAAAUCAGAUAACGAAAUAGAUUGGAAAUGAGAAAUAUAUGAUAUUUUGAGAUAUUUUUUCGAAAA